UCCUGCUAAUCUCUUAGACAAUGCAAAAGGCUCCACACUCUAUUCCAGGAAGCUGGUUUCAACAAGGUAACAGACCACCAAGCCCAGAAGGGAGUCUAGGGAUAUCGACAAGGAGGUGGCAUUCAGGCUCUCCAGGAGGCCCGGGGGCCCGCUCUGUCUAUCGCUCCCCACCCCCGGCUGCACCGUCACUUCAAUGCCCGGCAGAUCGCGGGCUGCGGCUCCUUCAAAGGCGGCGGAGGACCAGGGGCGCCCCGCGCCAAGGCUGACUCGGACCGGCGCCGAAGCCUGACCCGUGCGCCCUUGGGCACCGACGCGCGUCCCUGUGCACUUCGGGCCCGUGUGGGGCAGCCCCGGCCAGGAUGGCCCCAGGCCGGGCGGUGGCAGGGCUCCUGUUGCUGGCGGCCGCCGGCCUCGGAGGAGAAACUGCGGGGCCCGAGCUCGCCUUCAGCGAGGAUGUGCUGAGCGUGUUCGGCGCGAACAGGAGCCUGUCGGCGGCGCAGCUCCGGCGCUUGUUGGAGCAGCUGGGAGCCGGCCCCGUGGAGGGCGCCCCCGAGCUCGGGCAGCUGCACUUCAACCAGUGUUUAUCAGCUGAAGAGAUCUUUUCCCUCCAUGGCUUUUCAAACGCGACGCAGAUAACCAGCUCAAACUUCUCUGUCAUCUGUCCAGCAGUCUUACAGCAACUGAACUUUCACCCUUGCAAGGAUCGGCCCAAGCACAAAACAAAACCGAGUCUUUCAGAGGUUUGGGGAUAUGGCUUCCUGUCAGUGACAGUUAUUAAUCUGGCAUCUCUCCUCGGAUUGAUUUUGACUCCACUGAUAAAGAAAUCUUAUUUCCCUAAGAUUUUGACCUAUUUCGUGGGGCUGGCUAUUGGGACUCUCUUUUCCAAUGCCAUUUUCCAACUUAUUCCAGAGGCAUUUGGAUUCAAUCCCAAAGUUGACAACUAUGUUGAAAAGGCAAUUGCUGUGUUUGGUGGAUUUUACAUAUUUUUCUUUGUAGAAAGAAUGCUUAAGAUGUUAUUAAAGACAUAUGGUCAGAAUGGUCAUACCCACUUUGGAAAUGAUGACUUUGGUCCUUCUCAGGAAAAAACUCAUCAACCUAAAACGUUACCUGCCAUCAAUGGUGUGACAUGUUAUGCAAACCCGGCUGUCACAGAACCUAAUGGACACAUCCAUUUUGAUAACGUCAGUGUGGUGUCUUUACAGGAUGGAAAAAAAGAGUCAAGUUGCUGUAGCUGUCUGAAGGGGCCGAAACUCUCAGAAAUAGGGACAAUUGCCUGGAUGAUAACGCUCAGUGACGCCCUCCACAAUUUCAUCGACGGCCUGGCCAUCGGGGCCUCCUUCACCCUGUCUCUUCUGCAGGGACUCAGCACUUCCAUAGCCAUCCUCUGUGAGGAGUUCCCUCACGAGCUAGGGGACUUUGUGAUCCUCCUCAGUGCAGGAAUGAGCACUCAACAAGCCCUAUUAUUCAAUUUCCUUUCUGCGUGUUCCUGCUAUGUUGGGCUAGCUUUAGGCAUUUUGGUGGGCAAUAAUUUUGCUCCAAAUAUCAUAUUUGCACUUGCUGGAGGCAUGUUCCUUUACAUUUCUCUGGCGGACAUGUUUCCAGAGAUGAACGAUAUGCUGCGAGAAAAGGUAACUGGAAGGAAAACUGAUUUCACCUUCUUCAUGAUUCAGAAUGCUGGAAUGUUAACCGGCUUCAUAGCCAUUCUGCUCAUCACAUUGUAUGCAGGAGAAAUCGAAUUGGAGUGAUAGGAAAUGAAAGGUGUGUUAACGGAGACAUUUAAUAAAUAAAACAGCUCCAAAGGGAUUUUUAAGCUGGAUCCUAUUUAGACCAAAGACAAUUUUGUUUUUCAACCGUACAUUGGGAAAACUGAUUAUUGGUUUCAGAUCUGUGAAAUUAAGCCAUUAUUUGUUGUUAAAAAUGCUUCAAAAAAGCUUUCAGUUCCAGUCUGAAGAGCCUGAUAGAUGAGAUCUUUAGUAAAUACCCACUUCUUUAAAUGUGUCAUGCCCACUAAAAAUCAUCACGAAGCAAGAAACAUGCAUUCCGUAAUCAUUUAGACACCAAGACCUGGAUAAAAAAAUGCAGAGUAGGCUGUAUAAGCUUUUAAACCUCUCCGGUCGGAUCAAAUGUUCAAGUAGUUUCAGAGAGGUUUUCUUUCAAUUAAUUUGUUCUAGUGCUUUCACCAGCAUGCACAUCAAAAUGUGGACGAGGAUGAAAAUGUAUACAACACGGAUGGAACUGAUUUCAAGGCCUUAGUGAACCCAGGAGAGAAAGAUUACUCAUAGCUUUUGCUUUGUUUUAUAUUUCAGUUAGGGACUGACUUGUAGGAUUGUUUUAAGAGCCAUUCUAAAAUAAUAUGAACUGUGACAUCAGGAAAGUUUUGUUAGCCCUACGAAGUUCAGCCCUUGUUUGAUAUUUUAUCUCUAAGUGUAAACUCUACCAGAGUCCAUUAAAAAGCCAGAAUUGCUUUCUCGUGACUUAGGUUGUGGUUAUACCACAGCAAAUGGCAAUACAGUGUGUAAAGAUGGUGACAGUUCAGGUUUCGGUAUCCAAGUGGCCAAUGUGUUUGCUUUGUAAUUUAUAGAAAGAAAUUGAAGGUAAUUUUAAGCAAUUUACUUUUAAAGAUGAAUACAACUAUUUAGCAGAGGCUAUUUUAAGUAAAUACAAAAUAACAGCUGGAUGGCUGUAUGUCAAAGACUGAUUGACUUAAGAAAUACAUGUUUCUGAUGGGUGAUUGAGAGACAUUCAGAUGAUACUUCUUUUGUGUUCAGUCUAGAUUUUUCCUAUAUGGUAUUCCUUGCCAAAAAAAAAAAAAAAUUCUACCCACUGUGGUUAUUUUUCUACCAUUUAUAAAAGUUUAGGGCCUGUUUAUUCAUUUAACAGAUACGGAAAGUUGGUCUACAAUUGAACAUCCCAACCCCAAUUCACACUCCCACGACUCUUAAGGAACGAUUUGACAGUGAGGAAAAUGACUGAUAAAAGCCAACAGUGAUCUCAAGAAUUACAUUUUCUCACCAGCCAUAAGAUGGUGUCACAUAGCAAUAAUACAGGUGUGAAGAAUACUUAACAUGUGUGUUAAUAUUAACAUGUGUGUUAAUGUACAUUUUGCUCUAUGACUGACAAUUAAAAAAUAUUGUUUGACCAAAUAGUAAACACCUUUGAAACCCUG